AUGGAAGAGACAGGUGAAAUUGAUGAAAAUAUUGCAGUUAAAGGGGACUUGGAACUCAAUCUCAACACAUUAAAGCUGGUUCCCUGUCCGUAUGUCGAUAUUAUUACAGAAUUUGCUGAUGUCGAGAUUUUCCUUAUUUCUUUCGAUUCUUUACUUUUGGAAUUAUGUGCUCAUCGAUAUCAUAAUUGGAUUUUGGGGGGCCAAACGAUUGUUAUUAGUGAACAGUUAAAACACUUCCUUUGUGCUCUAGAAGAAUUAAAUGCAAAAUUCAAAAUAGUUGUAUUUUCUGAUUUGAGUGUUUUGUUCAACAAAAAUGGAUAUUUAUCGUUUUUGUAUUCAUAUCUUUUACGAUUUUUAACUUCAAGUAAAUGGAGUGGAGAUAUCGAGAUUUUUAAUUCUCCGCUUGAUAAACGUUGGAAUGUUUUUCUUCAUCAAUUAACGCCCUCAUUUAUUUUAAUGUCAUUAGAAAAUGCUUCUCCAAGGGAAAUUUUUGGAAUUGAAAAAUUAACAAUUGAUGAAAAAGAUAAAAAGAAUAUGCAAAUAACAGUUUAUGAGGAUAUUGAUUUUGCCAGUUUUUUUAUUUCAACAUCGUUCCAAUUAAUUAAUGAAGCAAUACCUGUUGUUUUAUUUAAUGCAUUUACUAUCAAUUUCACUUCUGUUAUGUCUUUUCGUUUCUCUACUGUGCCAAUAAAUAUUGCUAAUCUUAAUAAAAAGAUUGCUGCUUUGUGGACGAAAAUAUCUGAAGAAAAGCAAUUAAACAAAAUUGAAAUUCAACAGCAAAUCCAAAAACAAGUUUGUGAAUGUAAAACUGCGGCACAGUUUUGGGCUUAUGUUGUUUGUAAAGCUAUGAAAGAUAAUGACAAAAAGGAUGAUAAUUUUGAAUAUGUUUGUAUGUCUGUUAUUUUGUCUGCUUUGGUUUGUGCAAGACUUGGAACUGGUAGGAAAUAUUUGGAAGAGGAAGAGAAUAAUUGGAGACAUGAUCCUGCUCUUAAAAAAUUUCAAUAUUUGCAGCUUAAAGGAAAAACCUUUUUGGAGCAAUCUUUAUUGGAUUCUGAUUCCAUCAAUUUUCCCCUAGAAGAUUUAUGGGAUGGCCGUAUGGUUCUCUCUCUAUACAAGAAAAUUGUAGACAAAAAGACGAUCAAAACAGAUUCCCAAGACGAUACAGAUUCCCAAAAUUCCAAACCAAAAGGACCCCAAAAGUCCAAAACAAACGAGCCCAUAAUAACCAAAAUAGAAGAACCCAAAAAAGUUGAUUUACAAAAAGAUCGAAAGAAGGAAAGACAAGAAGAACUAAAACACAAAAAGGCCAUUAUUGCUCAAAAUAAGCGCAAAAAACAGAAUCAAAAUAAGAGCCAUUCCAGUCAAAACGCUGGCGAGGGAGAUCCCCUUGAUCCUCCUAAUUCGGAAGGUCUUGAGCAAGCAAAUAAUACAUUAGAGUUAAAUGGGCAUUGCCAUAUUAAUGGUACCCAAAAUUCUAAUCAGAUUUUGCCUUUGCGUCUGCAAAAAGAAUUUGCGGAUCUUCAUGGAAUUGUUGGCUUCAAAGUUUCAAUUCCAACCGAUGUGAAAGAAGAAUUACUUGACCAACUAUCACCGAGUGAGGCUCCAACGACAAGAAUGGAUCGUUGUCAACUUUAUGCAAUUAAAAAUGAAUUUUUGGAUCAAUACAUUCCUGAUGUCCAAUCGUUGUUGACUGACACAAAAAUCGUUCCUUUAACAACUUUUGAGCAUGACUAUGCUAAAAUUAUUGAACAUGCAUACAGAUGGAAUUUUGAGCCUAUUGGAGAUUCUUUAAUGUUACAAGAAGAAAAACAACGUGAGUAUGAGAAAAAACAACUUCAGGAUGCGAGAAAAGCGAGGAAAUUAAUUUGGCAGAGACAAAAUUUAUCAGCAUGGUAUCAACUUUUUUCUGAUUCAUUGGAAGGCCAGGGAGGCCAAUUACUCGUCGAUUUUUCUCGUGUAGUUAAGGCUCCAGCAAUUACGGAGGAUACUGAUAAUGAAAAUAGCCGUCCAUCUUCUCAAAUGAGCAAGAAAAAUGUUCAGAAAAAGGAAGGGAAAGGAGCAAAGAAAGGAGGAAAGCCGGGAGCUGGUGGUUUAAGUAAAAAAGAUCAAAUUUUACAGCAAAAUAUUGAUGCAAAAAGAAAACAACAAAUAGAAAGUGAUAAGCUUAAAAUUGAAUAUGCCACGAGAUUAAAAACUAAUACUUUAAAUGCAUUGGAUGAAUUGUUGAAACGUUUAGAUUUAGACGAAUCUAAAGCUCUUUGUAUGUAUCAAAAAGUUAUUCGUUAUGCUGAUGUUUUUUCUGAACAAUUAACUUCAUUUGAAGAUAUAAAUCAAAAAAGAGAAGGAGCACUUGGAUUAGUAGAAUCAGUUAAGGCGAUGUUUGUAAAAUAUUUUAAUUUUAUUGAUGAACAACAAAAAGAAAAGAUUCUCUAUCUUUGGGCAUCCUUAGGAUUUGGAAAAGCAGAAUCAUUGAAGCGUCGACCUGACAAACAAAUGGAUUUACAAAUAGAUUUAAUUCACUAUCAAUUAAAAUAUGGAGGUAGAAUGAUUGAUGUUUUGACGGAAUUGGCAACAAAAAAAGAUGACCGUGUUACUGGCUUUAGCCCUGAUGCUUGGCAACGAAAGAUGCUUGAUGCUGUUGAUCAAGAUAAGAGUGCAUUAAUUGUGGCUCCAACUUCAGCUGGUAAAACAUUCGUCUCCUACUAUUGUAUUGAGAAAGUUUUGAGAAAAAGUGAUGACGAUGUUGUUGUCUAUAUUUCACCUUCAAAACCACUGACAAAUCAGAUUGUUGGUUCUGUUUAUGCACGUUUUCGAGGGAAGGCAAUGUCAAGUGGAAAAGUUCUUUACGGAAUUUUCAAUAAUGAAAUUAUUGAUAAUGUUCUGAAUUGUCAAGUUUUGGUAACAAUUCCUGAAUGUUUUGAGCAAAUUUUACUUUCUUCUGAUCCUCGUUGUCAAUCUUUUGUUUCUCGGAUUAAAUAUGUAAUUCUUGACGAGGUUCACUGCAUCAAUCAAAAAGACACACAAGGGCGUUCAAUUGGUGAUGUUUGGGAACAUAUCUUCUUACUUAUUCGCUGUCCUUUCCUUGCACUUUCUGCAACAAUUUCUAAUAUUAAUGAAUUAAAAGAAUGGUUGAAAUCCGCCGAAUGUGCAAAACCUUUGGAAGGGUUACCAGCACGAGAAGUUGAAUUAAUUACUUAUGAUGAACGAUGGUCAGAAUUAGAAUUGAGUUUGCAGCGACUUUCGGUCAGAUUUUCUUUUAAUCGUUUUACUUGUGUUUUUCAGGUUUGUUCAAAGGAUUCAGUUAGUGAAGAAAAUGGUAGAGAAUCAAAGCAAGAAAAUAUUGAAUCAAAGAAAGAAGAAGACUCGAAAGCAGACUGGAAUGAUGUAGUGCAAUAUUUUAAUCCAUUUGCUGUUUAUAAACUUGAAAAGCUUCGAAUGUUUGGCAUUCCUGCUGAUCAACGUCUAACUGCACGUCAGAUUCUCGAACUUUACGAAUUUAUGGCUAACAUCGAUGAUAGUGUUAAAAAAGAUUUUGAACCGACAAAAUAUUUUACUCAAUUGUGUCGUGUUGAUGAGAAAUCCCCAGAUAGCGGUGCUGCUUGGUUAAACAGAAAAGAUUUACGUCAAUUUGAAAAUGCACUCAAAAAUCGUUUUGUUCAAUGGAUGAAUGAAGAUAAAACAAAAAUUGAUAAAAUAUUUGAAAUCUUAGAGAAAGAAGUUGGUGAAGAAUUUGAAAAACGUUCAAAACCUUAUGAUAUGCGUAAAUCGGCUCUAAACAAUAUAUUGCCUUUGAUUGAUCAGCUAAAAAGGAAAGAGCAACUUCCUGCACUUUGUUUCAAUGAUGAUCGUGAUAUUUGUGAAAAAUUGGCAAAACAUAUUUUUAACGAAUUAAAGAAAAGAGAAGAGACUUACAAAGCUAGUCCAGAAUUCCAAAAGAAAUAUAAUUUAAAAGCUGAAGAGAAAGCUUUAAAAUUGGCAAAACGCAAACGUGAUGAGGAAGAACGUGCUGCAAAGCGAAAGAGUAAACGUGUUGAUGAAGAUGGUAAUGAAGAUCGUUUUGAAAAGGAUGAUAUGCCAGAAGAUGGCGAUGCAUUUGCAUUAAUGAAAAUUCGUAUGCGUGAGGAUUUGGAAAGAUUCAAAUUGUGUUGCCGUUGGAGCGAUGAAGAUAUUUACAACCGUUGUAUUGAGAAAUUAAGUAAAAAAAUAAAACGACCUGAAGCUCGUUCAUUACUUACUCUUUUUGAACGUGGAAUUGGCUUUCACCAUGAUGGUCUUUCUAAUGCAGAACGCUCAGCAGUUGAAGUGCUCUUUCGUAGAGGAUUUUUAGGAAUUGUUUUUUCAACAUCAACACUUGCUCUUGGUAAAAUUCGACGUUUACUCACAGCUAGUCUUGCUACGUUAAGAGGAAAUGUACCUUUUACAACAGCAUUUCUUCUUCGAUUAAUUUCUUUUGUCAAUGGAGAAUUAUCAAAAGAACAACAAAAAUUAUUGAAAAAUGCAAGAACUCAGGGAGGUGGAAAAUCUUCAAAAAUAGACAAUAAUGACGUUUUAAAUGAGGAAGUGCGAAGAAAGGCUGCUUUAACUUUAUUAAAAGUGCCUUUUGUUUUGCAAACGCAUAAUAGGAAUUUUAGUAAUUUAUUAAGAUUUUUGACAUUUUUCUAUGUUCAAUUGCUUAGAAGAAUGCAAUUAUUAGAUGAAAAGUGCAUUCCACGAGGUUUUGCUCAUUUUGCCUUACAUUUGAGUCAGUAUGAUCCCGGCAGUCUUGUCUUCAUUCAUAUUCUUCAAACAGGCGUUUUACAUCGUUAUAUUCAUACAACAUAUGAAGAUCUCUAUCACGAAGAUAAUAGAACAAAAGCUAAAGAAGAUAUAAUUUUUAUAUUGGCACAUAUAUUUACUCAAAAACUUGUGUCUUUAAACGUUGUUGAUGAACAAAAUUUAGAAAAAGAGCCUGUCCUUCCUGCACUUCCCAAAAGCAUUGAAGAUUCAAUAAAUGAAUACAAUAAAUCUGUUGAGGAACUUGCAUUAGCUUCGUUGCAAUUGGGUUCAAUUAAUCGAAGACUUGAGAAUCCCAUUAUUGCUUUGAGUGGAUGUACUGAAGAGUCGUUACAUUUAAGUAGAGGUCAAAUCGAUUUUGCUUCAGUUUUUAACAGUGAUUUACAACUUGAUGAAAGAUUUAUUCCUUUUGUUUAUAUCGAUAGAUUUGAUCAUCGAGGACGGAAGAUCUACAAAAAUAGUUACGCGUUGGACUUUUGGAAGAACCCUGAUGCAGAUGCUUUGGUCACUCGCAAUCGAUUAAGUGUUGCUGAACGUUGGUAUUUAAUUAAUGAAUUUAGUAAAUUAUUGAGUGAUAUAGCAAUUGGAAUUGAUUCAAUUGCUAAUAAAAGAGAUGAUUUACAUAAAUUAAUAGUUGGUGUACCUGCAGAAGAACGUCUCGGAAUUGCUGACGAAUAUGAAGAUAAAUUUAGAAAAGCAUUUAAUAUGAAAAGAAGAUUUGUUGAAGAGAAGACCGGUGAUGCUGAAACCAGUGAGAAAAAAGAAUUAAAUAUUCAAGAAAAUGAAUAA